GGGUCAGGGAAUAAUUCCCAAUCGAUUGAGUUUCUAUCAAAGUGCAAUCUGGAAAUCAUUUUGUCUCAAUCCCGAUGUAGAUAUUUUCUGCUUUUCGAGUAACAAGAAGCAGCUUCUUUGAUCUCUUCCUCAUACGAAUUGGCUGUUCUCCUGUUGAUCUUUCAUUCUUCUUCCGUAUGUAUAUUCGGGCUUGGAUUUUGUUUUAUUGUAGAAAGAAGAGGUUCCUGUCAUUCAGUAAUUGUAUCUGGGUGUUGUUGACAUGACUUGGACUGAAGUGGGUAUUGCUUCAAAUGGUUGUUCUGGUUCAUGGGUCUGAUGGGUUCGUAGCAAGUCUUUUGGCGGGGUGGGGAUGGUGCUUGAGGAAAAGGGCUUUCUGGGUCUAUCAGUAAAUGAUUCUUGUCUGUUGCGACUGAGUUAUUGGUAAAGUUUUGAAUUUUUCGUGUUGGUUGAUGAACAUGGAGAGGGUGCCAUGGUUCCACUCCUACUGUAUUCUCUUCUUCUGAUAUCGAGUUUAUUAAACCUCCCAGAAGCAACAUGAAGAACAUUCUAAAGAAGCUCCAUAUCGUGCCCAACCAAUCAGUAGACGCUGAGAGAUCUACGUCUUUGAAGGGUAAUCGGUCGAAUGAUGAUUCCUCAGGCAGGUCAUCUCCUCCUGAGCAGAAGCCGUUCUCUAAUAUCUCUGGUUGGUUAAAUUCUGUUACCAAUAGAAAAAAUCCUAACCCUCCCUCAUCUUCUAAUGUGGGAGGGAUAGGAGGGACAAGGGAUACUUCUGAUUCUUUGGAUGGCAACACUUCAGAAGUUGUGUUGGAUACGUUGAGAUGGAAUUCAGAGGCAAUCAAUUCAAGGGAUCCUCAGAUAGAAGAAGAAUAUCAGAUACAACUGGCGUUGGAAUUGAGUGCAAGGGAGGAUCCUGAGGCAGUUCAGAUUGAGGCUGUAAAGCAGAUCAGUUUGAGCUCUUGCCCUCCUCAGAACACUCCGGCGGAGGUUGUUGCUUACAGAUACUGGAAUUACAAUGCUCUUAGCUAUGAUGACAAGAUCCUGGAUGGUUUCUAUGAUCUAUAUGGCAUUCUGGCCGAGUCUACUUCAGAAAAGAUGCCUUCCCUUGUUGAUGUGCAAGGAGCACCAGUGUCAGAUGGUAUCAGCUGGGAAGCAGUUCUGGUCAAUCGGGCGGCUGAUUCGGAACUAUUAAAGCUUGAACAAAAGGCUCUACUGAUGGCCCUUGAGUCAAGAUCGGGAUCUCUUGAUUCUAUAGGUACUGAUAUGGUACAAAAACUCGCUGCUUUAGUUGCUAACUACAUGGGUGGACCAGUUGUGGAUCCAGAGAGCAUGUUGAAAGGAUGGAGGAAUCUUAGUAACUGUUUAAGAGAAACUGUAAAGAGCAUGGUGCUGCCUCUUGGUUCUUUGACCCUUGGUCUGGCUCGCCAUCGUGCAUUAUUGUUCAAGGUUUUGGCUGAUAGUGUAGGCAUUCCGUGCCGGUUAGUGAAAGGGCAGCAGUAUAUGGGUUCUGAUAAUGUGGCAAUGAACAUUGUAAAGAUUGGGGAUGGAAGGGAAUACAUUGUUGAUCUUAUGGCUGACCCUGGCACGCUUAUCCCAUCUGAUGCAGCUGGACCACAUAUUGAAUAUGAUGAACAUUUCUAUGGAGUCAAGCCCUUUCUUAGAGAUGUUGACCUCUCUGUUGUAGAAUCCUCUAGCAGCGGGUUUACAAGUUCUGUUGGGGGUUACUCGGGAUUUGAGCCUUUGGAUGAGAGAUCCAGGUCCAGGGAUCUUGCUGGUAGAGAAAAGAACUACACUGAAACAAACAAUUCAGAUGAGCUAAUAGGUGUUGAGAAUCCAAGAGUUGGCUCUUCACCGGAACCUCCACCAGAGCCAAUGAAGGGUGAGGUUGUAUCCAAGUUAAAAUUCAAUGAUUCCAAGGAUCCCUCCAAGGUGGAGAAGGUACUGGCUCCUGGCAGGCCUAGCCAUCCUUUUACACAUGCAAGAUCUCCGUCAUGGACUGAAGGUGUCAGUUCCCCUGCUGUGCGUAGAAUGAAAGUGAAAGAUGUAUCACAAUACAUGAUUGAUGCUGCCAAAGAGAAUCCACAAUUAGCUCAGAAGCUUCAUGAUGUGUUGCUGGAAAGUGGUGUUGUGGCACCUCCCAGUUUGUUCACUGAAAUUUAUACUGAGCUGGAAGAUGCCUCCAUUGUUGAAGCAAAGAAAAAAAUAGAAGAUAAGGACGGAAUGAAAAAGAGGAGGAAUGGAACCCGGCAUGAGAUUCAUGCUGGUGCUGGCCAGUUUUUGCCUCCUCUUCCUUACCAUGGAGUGCAGUCAAAACCAAGCCCUUCAGAUGUUCAAGUGGAGCAUUUGAAGCGUGUGGAGGGUUUGGAUAUUAACCAACCCCUUAAUUUUGGCGAAGUGUCUGAACUCCCUUAUUCAUCAGGAUCUGAAGUACCUGCUGCUUUGGCUCUGGAUACUUCCCGAGCAAAAUUUGUGCCUGUUGCUGCUGCUGCUGCAACAGCAGCUGUUGUUGCAUCUUCAAUGGUAGUUGCUGCGGCCAUGUCAAGCAACGACUCAAACACUGUACUUCCUGCUACAGCUGCAGCCACUGCCGCUGCUGCGGUUGUAGUUGCAACAACAGCUGCUGUCAGUAAGCAAUAUGAGCAAUCAGAGUCUUGUAUCCCCUUGCCAGAUGGUGCUUCAUGUUUCAACCAACUGGGUGGCAUGCAGCAUGAUGGUGAUGCAGAAGGUACAGGGUAUGCACCACAAGGAAGUGGUGACCAGGAGAAUGAUGCUUGUGUUGCUCAUGCAGAAGCUGAGCGAAGUUCAGACAGAUCAGCUGGUAAUGAUAGUUCAAAAUCUGACAUUGCACUUGAUGAUGUUGCAGAGUGGGAAAUCCCAUGGGAGGAAAUCACCUUGGGUGAGCGUAUUGGACUUGGAUCAUAUGGAGAGGUAUACCAUGGAGAAUGGCGUGGAACUGAAGUUGCCAUUAAGAAGUUCUUAGAUCAGGAUAUUUCUGGUGAUGCAUUAGAAGAAUUCGGAAGUGAGAUCCGGAUCAUAAAAAAAUUACGGCAUCCUAAUGUUGUUCUCUUCAUGGGUGCGGUAACACAUGCUCCAAAUCUUUCAAUUGUUACAGAAUUUCUUUCUCGAGGUAGUCUUUAUAGAUUAAUUCACCGCCCUAACAAUCAAUUAGAUGAGCGGAGGCGUUUGAGGAUGGCCCUGGAUGUUGCUAGAGGGAUGAAUUAUCUGCACAACUGUACACCAGUAAUUGUUCAUCGUGAUCUAAAGUCUCCAAAUCUUCUUGUUGAUAAAAAUUGGGUUGUGAAGGUUUGUGAUUUUGGAUUAUCACGAAUGAAGCAUAAUACAUUUCUCUCUUCUAGGUCGACUGCUGGGACGGCUGAAUGGAUGGCUCCUGAAGUAUUAAGAAAUGAACCUUCAGAUGAGAAAUGUGAUGUGUUUAGCUUUGGUGUCAUAUUAUGGGAGCUCUCUACAUUGCAACAACCUUGGGGAGGGAUGAAUCCCAUGCAAGUUGUUGGUGCUGUUGGAUUCCAGCAUCGCCGCCUUGAUAUUCCCGAAGAUAUGGAUCCAGCUGUUGCAGAUAUUAUCAGGAAAUGCUGGCAAACAGAUCCAAAGAUGCGACCGUCUUUUGCUGAGAUCAUGGCAGCACUGAAGCCAUUACAAAAGCCUAUAACAAAUGCUCAGGCGCCCAGACCCAGGGCACCACUAAGCAGUGGCAAGGUGAAGGGGGAGACAUCACAGGGUACAGAAGAGCAAGCAAGCUAAAGUAACUGAGAAUUAAAAUUGCGGUUUGAGUCAUCAACAUUGCAAGUCAGCCAGUGGCAAAAGUGUGCAGUGGUGUGUUGUCCUGGCUGAUGUUUGAGAGGUUUAUCAAAAGCUGUGAACAAGCGAUCCAUUGUGUUCUUCAUAGGUUCAAGGAUAUGUAAUUGUUUUCUUUGUUUUUCUUUUUUUUUCCCCACCAGUUUUUUUUUAGCUUGGUUCUGGGCUGUUGUCAAGGUUGUAUAUUUGCUGUAUUGAUCCAUUUAAAUUGUUUUAUCCAUGUUUGGAUUAAAUUUUUCUGAUAAUGACUGUUAACUGUUAAACAAUUCUUUGCAAUA